AUAUCGGGGGCCGGUCCCCGGACCGUCACUCGUCUCUCUCCGAGCAAAGCAAGCAGCAUCAUGAAGGUCCUGAUCCUCGCCGCCCUCUUCGCCGUGGCCGCCGCCAGGCCCGACGUCAGCCACCUGCUCGGCCAGCAGCACCACCACCACCACGUGCAGCAGGCCUACGUCAAGCCCCCCGCCAUCCUCCGCCAGGUGCAGGAGACCUCCGAGCAGGGCGACUACAAGUACAGCUUCAAGACCGAGAACGGCAUCGAGGCCACCGGCCAGGCUCUGCUCAAGAACGCCGGCAACAAGGACGAGGCCCUGGUCUCCGAGGGCAGCUACUCCUACGUCGGCGAGGACGGCCAGACCUACACCGUCAACUGGACCGCUGACGAGUACGGCUUCCGCGCCGCCGGCGCCCACAUCCCCGAGAUCCCCGAGGAGAUCAGGAAGGGUCUGGAGCAGUCCGCCAACGAGCCCGAGGAUGACGGCCAGUACCGCGAGGACCCCAACGCGUACGACCGCCCCCAGUUCCAGCAGCAGCAGCAGGUCUACAGGAGGUUCUAAGCGACCUCACCGCCCCCUCUCUACCCUCGUUACCACUCCCGACGCACUAGUCACGGCUGGAACGGCCGAGCUCGAUCACCGGACCAGCCGAUUGUGUUAUCUAUCGAAAAAAAAACCUACCGAAUAAAAUGAAUGUUUGAAUAUCGAA